AUGAAGAAUACCACAUUCGACUUCCUACGAGCAACGAUGGCCCCCAAGAAGAACAAGAGAACCGCCGACUCCAUCAACUCGCGCCUGGCGCUUGUGAUGAAGUCCGGUAAGGUCACCCUCGGCUACAAGUCUACCCUCAAGAGCCUGCGCACCGGAAAGGCCAAGCUCGUCAUUAUUGCCGGAAACACCCCUCCUCUGAGGAAGUCUGAGCUCGAGUACUACGCCAUGUUGUCCAAGACCUCCGUCCACCACUUCUCCGGCAACAACAUUGAGUUGGGCACUGCUUGCGGUAAGCUCUUCCGCUGCUCCGUCAUGUCCAUCCUCGAUGCCGGUGACUCCGACAUCCUGUCCCAGAACACCGAGAACUAG